AUGCAAAAGCAGUAUGUUUCUCUCCCUGUCAAUGAUCACCGCAGAUCACUGUCAUUACUGUAAAUUAUGAAUUUAUUGUAAAUUUAAUUUUUUUAUGCUAAAAAUUGUAUAAAAUAAUAUUUUCCUUAUUGUUUUUAAACAAUAAUAUACUUACAAAAUGGGUCGACGUUCAAUAAAUACCACGAAAAGUGGGAAAUAUAUGAACCCCACUGAUCAAGCACGAAAAGAGGCUCGGAAGAAAGAAUUAAAGAAAAAUAAGAAGCAAAGACAAUUAGUAAGAGCUGCUGUUCUUAAGGGAAAAGAUCCCACUCAAAUUAUUGAAGAGAUGGAGAAAAUUGAUCAAAUGGAAUAUAACGUUAUGCAGCCUCCUCCACUAAAUGAAAAAGUAUUAAAAGAUAAGAGAAAAAAAUUAAAGGAAACAUUAGAUCGUGUCUUGAAAAUGUAUGCUAAGGAUGAUCAAGAAAAAUGGACAGAUCUGAAGGAACAAUUAAUUCAAUAUGAACGACGAAGAACGGAUUUAUUAACAUAUUUCGAAGCAGUUAGACACGCUCAACAAGUACAAGUUGAUGAAAUUCCUUUACCAACCGCUGUAAAUGAUAUUUCUCGAAUGUAUCCGGGUUCCUUGACGUCGCAAAUUCCUUUACCGGAUCUACCACAACCACCACCUCAUUUAUAUUCAACUCAUCCUCAUUUAGUCAUGACCCAUCAUCCAUUAAUGAAUAUUCCCGUACCCACGAGUAUUUUGAAAAAAACAAGUGCGUACUCUUUAGCUCCAGUUAUUCCCACUUUAUCUCCCAAUAAAGAAGCUCCAGGUGUUCCGCCUUAUCCGCCCGUUGAACUCGACAGCGACGACGAUGAUAUUCCCGAGAAGACGAAGGAAUCAAGUUACAAAUCGAAGACAAUUCGCUUUGCCGAUGAGAGAGGAGGUAAAUCGAAACACGAUUACGAGAAGGAUAAGGAUCUUGAUAAAGAUGUGUCGAAAGUAAAGCCAACGAGCCUUCAGCAAAAAAUGUUGGCAAUGGCAGGACAAGAUAUUGAUCAAUUUAUGAGGGAAAUGGAGGUGGUUCACAAGAAACGGGAAACUGAACGGGCGCAAGAUUUAAAUGUUCGUCUAUCAUUGUUGAAGGAUGGCGAUUCAGAGAAAACGGGUAAAAAUUCUGGAAAUGCUGAUAACGAUCAUGAAUCCAGUGGUAAAUCAACGGAUCAUUCGUCAGUAUUAAAUCAUCCUGCAAUGUCUCAUCCAGCAAUGCCACUUAUGGGUCUACCGCCGCCGCCACCCUUACUAUUCCGACCUCCCCCGCCGCCUAUACAUCUUAGAAUGCCUCCACCUCCGCCACCUCGUCACGGACUUCGACUUCCGCCAGGACCACCGCCUGGUGUACCACGCUUAUUACGACCUGGACCACCGAGUAUGCCACGCAUGCCACCUCCACCAAUGCAAAUGUCAAAUUUGAGUGGAGUCGCUGGCAAUCAAUUGCAACAGCAAAACAAUUCGAGUUCAGUGGCGUCAAAGACGCCAAAUGUAUUGUCCGCAGCGCCGCAAUUGAUAAAUCGAAAGGAUAAGGACGGCAAGAGUACAACGACAAUAGAAGCCAAACCGCAAAUACGAAAUUUGGCUGCUGAUGUCACAAGAUUUUUGCCAACAUCCUUGCGUGUCAAGCGUGACGACAAAAAGAAAGUCGUCACUGUGCUUAGGUUACCGGAGAAAUUCCCCGAGAUGCAACCAUCAAAAAUUGUACCGCCAAAAACCAAGGACGACGCUUAUAUGCAAUUUAUGCAAGAAAUGGAAGGCUUACUUUAAAGACAAUUUGCUUUUUAUUUAAGUACAUAGAAUCCUUAUGUACUUGUUGAAUUUCAAAAAGAAAAGAACACUAGUUAAGUUAUUAUAUAUAAGAAUGCAACACUUAAAUAAACAUUUUAAAAAACA